GAAUUAACAUUAAGGAUGGAAAGAAUGACAGAUGAUGCAACUAAGAAGAAAAGGGAACUGGAGCAUGAAUUAACUCUUACCAUGACAGCCCAGAUUGAAUUAGACAAGACAGCAGAAGAGUUCCGCAAGGCACACAGUGAGAGACAAGAAUUGCUGCGUCAGUGGGAGAACACUAUUGAACAGAUGCAGAAAAGAGACAGAGAGAUGGAUCAACUGGCUGUGAAACUUGCUGAAGUUAAACUAGAAGUCAGAGACAGAGAAGAGCAGGUCCAAGAAAAACAGAAAUUUCUGGAGAGUGAGCUUGCUAACAACCAAGAAAAAGAGAAGAAAGUUGGAGUGGCUGAAAGACAGGCGGCCAAAUUGCGUCUGGAGUACCAGGAUGCUGAACAAAUUAGGAUACAGUUUCAAGAUGAGCUUGACACGCUGAAAUACACUGUGGACAGGACAGCAAGAGAUCUUGAAAGUGCCAGGCAUAAACAUAAUCUGCUCAAGAAAGAAGUUACCAACAGAACAGAAAGGCUUGAUAGAGUGCAAAAGGAGCGAGAUGAUCUGCGGCAUCAGCUGAAAAUUGUUACCGAUGAGACUCUCACUGCAGAAGAAAAAGCUCAAAGAAUGGACAUGCUGUUAAAGGAAGAAGAAACUCGUAUUUAUGAUGUGGAAAAACAGCUUGCCAGACUUCGUGAAACUCAGUUCAGAAAAACAGAGGAACUGCAUGAAUGUAAAGUUUUGGAAAACAAUACUGCAGCUGAAAUUCAGGGUGCAAGAGCUGCCAGUAGGAACUUGAGCAGUAAACUACACAAACUUGAUCAGGAAUCACUCAAACAACAGGAAAUUAUUUAUAUGCAGGAUUUUCAACUGCAACAGUUGGAGCGAAGAAUAAGCCGCAUGCAGGGAGAGCGAAGUAAUGAAGAGAAACUGCAACUUGAGGCCAGAAUAAAGGAUCUAAUGUCUCAGAUGGAGGAACACAACUCCACUCACGCACUUCUCAAUGCUCAAAUGAAGAACUUGAACGAUGAUCUAAGACGUGCAAACCGAGACUUAAACAAAGGAAAAGAAGAAAUGAAGACUCUCACCAGCAAAAUCGAGGAACUGAAUCUACAUAAUGACAGCUCAGAGAGAGAGAGGAAGAAAGUUGUUACAUUAAAACAGGAUCUUAUGGUGGAUGAGAAUAUUCUGAAGCUGGAAAUCAAACGCCUCAGAGAAACUCUAAGCAACAAAGCAGACAAUGUGCUUAACCUCGAAAAGAGGAAACUGCAGUUGGAAACGGCGAUGAAACAGCGGCGCCAUGAAAUAAACAUUCAUAAAGACAUGCUCCAAGCACAGAUUAAAUCUUCAGAGGAAGAGAGACAGACAGUCAGCUCCGAGUUACAUGAACGGAUAUCUAAGAUUGACAAAUUGCGGAAAAGGUAUGAAAUCCUGAUGAUCUCAAUGGCGCCUCCCGAGGGGGAGGAGGAAAGGUCUCAAGCCUAUUACGUUAUCAAGGCAGCUCAGGAGAAGGAGGAGCUGCAGCGUGAGGGAGAUGAACUGGAUGCUAAGAUCAGAAAGGCUGAGAAAGAGAUACGAGCUUUGGAAAACACAUUGCGGCUGAUGAACGGCCGGAACGAGACUUACCGGAAAAGUUUUAACAAAGUGGACGAGAUGAGUGAAGAGUAUGACGAGAAACAGCGUUUGGAGGAUCAGAUGCGAGCUGUGAUGGAUAAAUAUAAAUACAAACGACGGCAAAUCCGUGAGUUACAGGAAGACCUGGGCUCUAUGGAGGGCACCUUGGAAAACUUGACCGCGGACGAGCAAGGCUUGGUUGAGGUCAUCACUGAGAAGCAGGCCAAGGCGACAAAUUUACAGAAGGAAUUGGAUGAUCAGAAGACAAAGAAAGACCGAGCUUCCCGGGAGGCUAGCAAGAUUGCGCGCUCCGUAAGGAGUGCCAAGAAAAGUUCAGGGGAACUUCACGAGGAAAAGGAUAUGGAUUUGAGAGAGUUGAGGGACUUUAAUACGCGCACCAUGAAACAAAUGGGCGAGGUGUUACACAGUCAUCCGGAUCUAGGACCCAGUGUCCAGAUCUAUUUCAGCCAGGCAGGGUUACCAAUGCCUCCUUCCCCAGGUCCUGGUAUGUCGCGGCCAACAUCUUCUCGUAGCUCGCGGAGUUCUGGGACGUUGUCUUCUGCUCGAUCUGAUAUCUCAACUAGCAGCCGCCGAGGUGUUGGUACUGUUGAUGUUGGAGCUCUGGCUCUUGCGGGUGCUGCAAGCCCCACUGGCGCGGGGAGUCCGAAGCCAGGUGUCUCUCCUACAAGCAGUACGCGAGGAAAGAAAACGAGCUCAAGGCCUGGCUCAGCGGCUGGUUCCAAGGCCUCCUCCCGUGUGAGCAGCGCGGCCAGUCGUCGUAGCACGGAUCGUCGUUAAAUUAUUUAUUUUUCGUUCAAAAUUCUUUGUUCAUACUUUUCAUCAUCAUUACUGAGGUCACCUUUAAAAUGUUUUGUAAAUACGCAUGUAAAUAGUGAGCAACUCUAGAGAGUAAAGGUACAGUUUGUAAUAAAGAGUGAAUUUCUCUGG